AUGACUUACUUGAACAGAAAACUACGAGUAUUUCUCGAAGUCAAAGAUAAAACGAGCCUCUCUUUAGUAAGAUCAGAAGGGCGUUUGAAAUCCUAUUCUUCGACACUUGAUACAAGAGCAUGGUGUCAAAUAGUUGAAGACCGCAGACAAUCUUUUCUGGAAUACCAAGCCAGAUGCAGAACUGGAAAAUGUCCUGAGGGAGCCAUUUUGCCAACAGAAGUUAAGAUUCAAAUUUUGUUGGAUUGCAAGAAUAAACGGAUAAAGAAAUUAGAAAAGAAAAUAGAAUAUUUUGAAGAAUUAAUAAAAAUAUGUGACGCUUUAUUAACUGCCGAACAAAUGGAGAAAAUGAAUCAAGAGAAAGAGGCUCUCGCUGCUAAGUAUGGCUUAUCUGGUGAGGGUGAAGUUUGUAUUGGCCCUUGCAUUAAAGGUACACAGACAUAUGGUGGAUACUUUGACCUUUGUGACGACGAAUGUACCUGCCUCGCUGAAGAACUAUUAUGUGGACUUCUUAAUUGUAUAGCUAUAAAAGAGAAAUCUGCCAAACCUUCAGAUAAAUCAGCCGUCGAAACCUCUUCUAAGGAAGCCUCUUCCAAAGAAGUUUCUACUGACGUUUCUCUAAAACCAUGUAUUUGUAAUGAAGAAGGCACCGAAGAAAACUCCACUGUAGAAAGUCCUAUUUCCGAAGAUGGUACCGUUUCAAAAUCAACUGAACAGUCUUCUCAAAGCUGUAAAUGUAGUAAUGACGAGUUUGGCGGAACAUCUACUAGUGAACACGAUACAUCUGACGAACCUUCCAGCCAUAUUUCGUCCCAAGAAAGAGGAGAUCAGGACUGCCAGUGUCAUAAAUAUAAAAUGGAUCCAAGAAGCACAUAUAUUUGUAGGGGACCUUGUGCUUGUGGAUAA